ACGUUUUAAGCAUAAAAUAAUCGAUUAUUUUGCUUCCCUUAGUCCAUCCUUAUCCUUAGUCAUUUGAUGACAGUUGGACACAGCUGACAAUAUAGUACUGUCAUACAUGGCAUUGAUUUUAUUAUUGUGUUGAAAUUACCUAAAAAUGAAAUAGAUUGUUCAUGAGCACGGGUGAUAUAAUCAACUAUCAUUAUUAAAAUUAUACAUUCCGAAAUUUAAGCGCUUGAUCAUCGGUGGUUGUAAAACACCAAUAGUGAUUUGGGCUUGUGACAAUGGAAGAAGACGACAGCACUUGGUUGAUUGAACUGGAAUCGGCGCUUCUCGAUGGAUGCUCAGCUCACGAAAUAAACAUGCUCACAAAAGGUAAAAAGAUUCCAGAAAGCCUGCGUCCUGACGUGUGGCUUCUCUGUCUCAAUUGCCAAGACGCUACCAAUCAGCUAUUGCUCUUUGAUGAAAUCUUUGAUUUGGCCAAUCAGAAUGAACUGAGAGAUGAUGUGAAGAAGUUUGUAAAAAGUCUGGGUAAUGAUGAUGAUGAUAAACUCUCAGUAAUUUCUGACAUUGAAUCAAUAAUCACAUUUUACUGCAAAUCCAAAUCCAUUCAAUAUAUCUCCAAUAAUGGUUGGAUUGAAAUUUUAUUGCCAUUGUUGAGUUUAAAAUUACCAAGGGCAGAUACAUACAAUUUGUUUGAGAAAGUGAUAAAUCUAUACAUUCCAAAAGGCUGUACCAAGAAUGGUGUACCAUUCCAUAUACUGCGAUUGGUUUUACAAUAUCAUGACCCGGAGCUGUGUUCAUUCUUGGAUACCAAAAGGAUAACUCCGGAGCAGUACUGCCUGCCGUGGCUCAGGUCUCUCUUUGCUGGAACAUGCAGUUUGGAUGUUGUUCUCUUCAUGUGGGACUUAUAUUUUCAGAGAUCUGAUCCCUUCUUCAUUUUCUUUCUCUGUCUAAUUAUGAUAAUAAACUCCAGAGAACAACUGCUUCAAAUGAAGAAUGAAGACAAAUCUGAAAUCAUAGAAACUCUGAGUAGAAUGCCGGCAGAUUUGGAAGCGCCAGAUGUUUCAGAUUUUUGCUCAUUAGCUCACUAUUAUUCUUUAAAAACACCAGUUUCAUUCCGAGAUGAUGUCCUAGAUGUAUUGUUUUCAACAAAUGGCCUUGAGAUUAACUCUAAACUUUAUUCUCAAGCCCUGUGUCUUCCAGUAGCAGUCCAUGAACUCAUAGAAAGUGCUACAGUAGAUGCAUCAGAUAUUGAUAGUGUUAAGUACUUCUUGGUUGAUUGCCGACCAGCAGAGCAAUACAAUGCUGGGCACUUAUCUACUGCCUUCCAUUUGGAUUGCAAUCUCAUGCUCCAAGAGCCUAAUGCAUUUAAUACUGCAGUACAAGGUUUACUCAAUGCACAGAGGCAGGCAUUGGCCGCUGGAUCAUUGGCCGCCGGUGAACAUCUGUGUUUCGUUGGUUCUGGAAGGACAGAGGAGGACAGCUAUGCACAUAUGGUGAUAGCGUCAUUUUUAAAAAGGAAUACCAAAUAUAUCUCAAUGCUGGAUGGUGGAUUUGUAGCCAUACAUGACUAUUUUGGUCCCCACAUGACAGAUUGUUUGGAAGAACACAACCCGGCUUCAUGCCUAGUCUGUGCCCCACAAAACAACAAUGAAGGAGUUGAAUCACACCAAAGUAACACAAGAGACAAUGCACCAGCCAUACAGUUGUUUAGUAAACUUUCAUCAGCAAUGAAGGCUAAAAGCCAAGAAGUUAAAGGCAAGUUGAUAGAAUAUAUUGUUAAUCCAAAUGCUACUGGAGGCAUAGGAGAAUGGCAUGUUUCUGCCAGCGACAGGAAAGAACAGAGGUACCGGAAUGUUCCUCCGGUGUUCAGUAUUAAUGAUGAAGAUGAUGAUUCUCGUUCAGAUUCUAGAAAGGACUUGACAGACUCAGAUAUGUUGGAAGAAACCGUGGAUCUUAACACAUUCCUAAAAGAGCACAAUGUCAUCGAUAAUUUCUUGUGUCAAGAGGUUCUAUUGAACGGUUACAUGUAUGAUUCAUGCUUAGUUGUUACCGAGACACAUUUAAUAGUUCUCCGAGACAUCCCCAACAAGCGGGGCAUGUACAAGGUGCUGUCUCGAAGGCCGCUGUCGACCAUUGUGAAGAUAACGGCGAAAAAGCGUCACCCAGAACUAAUUACAUUCAAGUACGGCGUGCCGGAUGGAGAUAACUUGCUAAUUAAGGAUAUGGAUCGCUUUUUGAUACCCAACGCUUCGCUGGCGACUAAAGUGGUAUCUAACCAGAUAGUCCAACAGUUGGACAACAAAUAAACUAUUUAAUGGUAGAAUGAUUCAAAAAGGUACUAUAAAUUCGCCUCAGUAUUCGAUUUUGAACCCUAUUAGAGUAAUAUAAGCUUUAUUAUUGUAUUUUCCUUGCUGAGGAAAAUCUAGAUGUUGAUCUUUAAUUUUACAAAUUAUUAAAGUCUAUUAAGUCUACAAUAAAUAUUUGAUAGUCUGCCUAACGAGGUUUAGAGCAUUUACUUCUUUAUAAAAUAUUUGUGUUGUAAAAAACUCACUUUGCUUUCAUUUGCACAUAUUUGAUGUUAAUUACUAUUUUGAAACAUAGCUAAGCUACGUAUUUAAUAUUAAAACUAGUUUUAGUGCUUAAUGCAAGUAUUUAAGUUUCUAGUUCAGAACGAACUAAACAUCAACCGUUUUAAAGCAUCGAAAAUGGUUACCUAUCGUUAUUUUCUUUUUCAUUGUUCUUGAAUGUAGUUACCAUCCUUUGUAUAGGUAAAGUUAUAACUUAAAUAAAUAAUUAACUUGAAUAACCCCUGAGUACCUAUUAGGGCUAACAUUUUAUAACGAGUCCUUGAAAUAUUAAAGAAUAGAGUGUUAUUUGAAUGAGAAAUCGAUAAUUAUUAAAUUAUUCAAUAUAAUUAUGCAUUUAUUUCGAUGUAUAUGUUAUAAAUGAGUCUGAUUGUGUAUAUUUUUUAUACUAGUACUUAAUUUAGCUAGUUUUCUUAGCUUGGCUUUAGUUUUUUUAUAUGUAUAUUUAACUGUACACACCAAAAAGCCAAAAUCUUGCGUCUACUAGUCCGAUAUUGCACAACUUACCCAUCAUUGAUGUAAAAAAAAAAAUCACAUGUUUUGUGAAUUUACAUACCUUGUAGCACGUAGCACGAAAUAAACUUUGAGCCAGCACUUCUACAAUAAAGGUAUAUCUAGGUCUAGGUAUCUAGCCUAUCAUUCAGCUGUGAACGAGGAAGAGGAUUUUAAGGAGUCGUGAAUAUAACACUUAAAACUUUCGCGUUUUGGUCACGUACUGAACACUAAAUCAUAAAUUGAGACGGGUCUAUUGCUAAUUUAUCAUGUUUACUUUUAUUUCGAACGUUUCGGUGCAAGUUACACUGGUCUUGGUCGCGGAUAACUGAUGUCUCAGGAAAAGACGAAAGUAUAUGAAAAAGUUGGGCGUAGCACUAACCACCAAUUCAAACCACCCAUCUUACUUCUUGCUUCCGAUGGCCCUACAACCCUUUGUGGGUCUUGGCCUCCUCCACUUUCUUCCUCCAGUUGUCGCGAUCCUUGGAAACCUUCCUCCAGUUGGUAUACUUCCUCAUCCCCCUAAGAUCUUCCACACAGUCCAGCUACCUACCUUUUACCACUAGGCCUUUUCUGUUGUGGUGUCCACCUUGUCAUAAUUUUUGGAGCUCUCAUAUCGGGCAUCCUUUCGAGGUGACCUGCCCAUCUCAGCUGGGAUUUGCAAGACCUAACAAUGGUCUCCUUUUUAAAUCAGAGCUUCAAGUUCAUGGUUCAUGGCGAUGCCGGUAACUACCGUCAGGCUUCUUCGGACCAUACAUUUUUCGUAGCACUUUCCUCUCGAAACCGCAAGCUUUCCAUCUUACCAUCUUACUUAUUACCUACAUACAACCGUCACAACGCGAGAAAAAGAAAAACGAAAUAAAUUCGAGUUAGACCCGUUACAAAUUAUGACUUGGUAUGCGUGGUAUGAGUUAUCGUGCCUAUAGAUGGCGUUAGACACUCUGUCAAAGUAACAUACAUGCUUUUAAGUGAGGUGUGUAUUAGCAACAGAUAAUUUGAAAUAGAGUAGAUUGUCAAAGAAAACUUUGUAGCCACAGUAAAUUUAUUGCCAUCUUUCGACACUUGAUUAAAACUUUUAGAACGCCAUUUGACCCUGAUCCUUAUGCUUUCACUGAUAUGUGUUAAAUUUGUUAAAUAUCAGUGGCGCCAUUUAACCGGGCAUAGGCCAAAGGUUAUGGCGCCAUCGCUCGAAACGAUGCCGCCAUACCUUUGGCCUUUGACCUAUUAGAUGGCGCUACUUUUUGAUAUUUAACAAGUUUAAAACAUACCUAUCAGUGAAAAUAAGGCUCAAAGUCAAAUGGCGUUCUAAAAGUUUUAAUCAUGUGUCGAAAGAUGGCAGUAAAUUUACUGUGGCUAAAAGUUUUCUUUGACAAUCCACCUCUAUUUGAAAUUCUCUUUGAUAUUAGCUAUCAAUGGCGUUGUCGUGAGCAUAACAUUUAUGCAUAUAACAUAGCGGUCAAAAGAUCACAGUCAAUUAAGUAUUCCAAUUCAUUUUAAUAACAAAUGUAUAAGUGUAUAUUGUAUUGAUACUUCUUUACCUAAUUAAAAGAUUGAUUGUUAGAAAUUAUUGCAUACUUACACUUGAGAACUAUGUAAGUAGAUAAUUAUUACGUGUUUAAUUAUACAAUAAAUUAUUCUUGCGUUACUGAA